AUGACCCCUGUUGGCGAACCUAAUGAUCCAUAUGCCCGCCACAAGCGACCACCGCAGUCUAAAAACCUUGCCCAGUUGGAUCCCCGAUUUAUCUUCAGUGGCCGGGAUGUCAAACGCUCAUUCCGUCCGGGCGCUCCCCGAUCCACCAGCGCAAGUGACCUCAGCAAAUCUAGCGAUAAGCGGAGCAUAUUUGGAAGUGCCAAGAAGGAGCAAGGCGACAAGAACCAUGGCCACCAACAUCAUGGCUCCAUGUCUGAGCUGAAACGAUUCUUCAAGAUGGGCCAUCGCAACAAGCGAUCUGAGUCCCCGACGUCCAUGCCUAAGAAGUCGAGUCGAUCAUCUGGAAAAUCCACUCCGUAUCAAAUGGCUCCAGAUAACGUUCCUUUUGCCGAUGAUCAUGGCCUGAAUUCCAAGUAUGGAAAGCUGGGCAGGGUGCUCGGAUCUGGAGCUGGUGGUUCCGUGCGUCUUUUGAAGCGCAAUAGUGACGGCGUCACUUUUGCAGUGAAGCAAUUCCGAGACCGUCAUAACUGGGAGAGCUUGAAGGAAUAUUCCAAGAAGGUGACAGCAGAGUUCUGUAUUGGCUCCACCUUGCACCAUGGCAAUAUCAUCGAGACUUUGGAUAUCAUCCAAGAAGGCCCUCGCUGGUAUGAGGUCAUGGAAUAUGCACCGUUUGAUCUGUUUGCUAUCGUGAUGACGGGCAAAAUGAGCAAGGAGGAGAUUGCCUGCUCUUUCAAGCAGAUUUUGAGCGGUGUGGCGUACAUCCAUGGCAUGGGCUUGGCCCAUCGAGAUCUGAAGCUGGAUAACGUGGUGGUGAACGACCGUGGCAUCAUGAAACUCAUUGAUUUUGGAAGUGCCGUCGUAUUCCGCUAUCCUUUUGAGAACGACAUUGUCCCUGCUUCAGGUAUCGUUGGCUCAGAUCCCUAUCUUGCUCCGGAGGUCUACGAUGAAAAGAAAUACGACCCCCGCCCCACGGAUGUUUGGUCGCUGGCGAUCAUCUUCUGCUGUAUGACCUUGCGCCGCUUCCCGUGGAAGCAACCGCGGAUGACCGACAACUCAUACAAGUUGUUCGUUUCCAGCCCGACCCCGGGCACCCCGGUUGCCGAGCCCAACCCACACCGUCGGCCCAAGUCGACACCUGAUCUUCCUUCCCAAAGCCAUGACAAUAAGCGUCUGACUCCUCGCUCGAGCGGACCCUCCGACCAGUCUGGGUCGGAGCAGAAUCCAAACGGAAAUGAAAACGGAGACGCAAACAAAUCAGAGCCCUCGCAGAGGGACGGUGAUCGCUCUCCCGAUACUGCUCAGAAGCAGAUCAGCCAAACCAGCAACGGCCCCCAUGAGCGGCCCACCCGCACAACCAGCAAAGAGGCACCACCGGUCCCGACAUCAUCCCAGAAUUCUGGGCAGCGCCAGGAAGUCAUCAAGGGCCCAUGGCGACUUCUCCGGAUCUUGCCGCGGGAAAGUCGGUACAUCAUUGGCCGCAUGCUGAAGACCAACCCGAAAAACCGCGCGACACUCGACGAGGUACUGUCGGAUGACUGGGUAAGGAACAUCGUCGCAUGCCGACAGGACGAGAAUGGUGAAACCAUCAGUGCCCCCGGCCACACCCAUGUCCUCGAGCCCCCCGCGCAAAGUCCUGCCGUCGCCAGCAAAGCUACCAAAGCUAAAUAA